AUGGUCCCGAUUACUAAUCCCGAUGGUGAAAAUAGCGCCCCGGCAGCCGAGGAGCGACUAGACAGAACGGCGAACUGCCAAUCUUGUAACCAAAACGACUCCUUCGACGAUAUGGUUCAAUGUGAUAAGUGUGAUACUUGGUGGCACUACCGGUGUGUGGGAGUAAGUGAGUCGAUUAAAAGUCGUGAUUGGAUUUGCCCGAAAUGCGUCGAUGCUUCUAACAAUCCCCGACCAGCAUCCAACUCCAGCUCUGCACUCAAGCGUCUAAAGGAGCGACAGGAGCUUGAACGACAACGCAUCGACAUUGAACUACGCCAGAAGUUCCUCGAUGAACAGAACGCACUCAUCAAUGGCAAUGGCGAAGAAUUUCAGAGUUUUCAAAGUCGAGCCAGUAUUGCUGCAGCUGAAAAACGCACGAAGGAAUGGGUAGAGAGUAUCCACAGUGACAAUGGCACCCGCGAGAAGGCACCAGCCGCCUCAGCUACGAAGUCCAAAGAACCACUGCGAGCUGCCGCCAACAAUGAAUUGGCGGAACCCAACAACCAGCGCGGAAUGUACCCAGGGAGAAUCAUAACAGAUGAUCGGUUAGUCGAGUUUCAACGACAGCUGCAGCAAUGCCAAGAAAUGCUUGCUGCCCUUUCACCAAUUGAACACAACGCCGAAUCAACCAGGAUGAUUCCUUCUGACAACCACGGUGUAAAUCGUUCUGGUGCUAUUCCCAAGACGGUCAAAGUCGGAAAUGCGCUGGUCAACACGGAAGGAUUUUCGAACUGGAAACCGACAUCAGCGGAUCAGGCUCAAACCGGUGAGGAACAUUUAGAGCCCUCAGGUAAGUGUCAAGCCUAUCCAACAUUGAAACGUUUUGCCCAAAUUAAUCGCCCCACAAUCAAUAAUAUGCAUGUAACUGGGCAGCUGCGCCAAGAAUCUGCGCGCCCGUCAUACCCUUCGUCUUAUCCAAAUUAUUAUGAAGCCCAACCCUCGCUAUAUCCCGAAGAUCCACUAAUAAUACCUUCGGCCCCGGCUAAUCAAACUGCGCCUGCAACUUUCAUGCGCGAUUCAAGGAAACCCACGUCGUCAUUUCCUAGGGCGAUGUCUGAAAUUGAAUACUAUAGAUCCAAUCUGCCCAUAAAUCAUUCGCAACUUCCACAGUCCACUCCGCGUGUCAGGAUGCGUACAAACCCACACGAAAAUGUUACCCCAAGUGAAUUUCUGAACCCAGUGCAUCUCACGGCCCAACAGUUAGCAGCAAGGCAAUCAUUCGCACGUGAGCUGCCAAUUUUUACCGGUGAUCCUGCAGAAUGGCCCGUUUUUAUCGGGAACUAUGAAUACACGACUGCCGUGUGCGGAUAUACGAAUGGAGAGAACAUGCUGCGGUUGCAACGAAGCCUCAAAGGAUAUGCUUUGGAAUCGGUGAGAAGUCGACUGGUCCUCCCUGCUGCCAUUCCGCAAGUUAUUGAAGCCCUACGAUCAAAGUUCGGUAGACCAGACUUCCUCAUCAAUUCCCUUCUACAAAAAGUGCGAGCAAUACCAGUUCAAAGAUCUGGCAAAUUAGAAAGUCUCAUCGAAUAUGGGGAAGCCGUUCAGGAGUUGUGCGACCACAUCGAAGCUGCCAAUGAACAUGCCAACUUAGCCAAUCCUCAACUUCUUCAGGAAUUAAUCGAAAAGCUACCGGAUGAACAAAAAAUGAAGUGGGCUGAGUAUCGCCGCGACUUGAAAGACGUUGACUUACGAAUUUUCGGGGACUACAUGACAAUUAUUGCUCGAGAUGCCUCAAGCGUCGUCAGCUUCAAACCACAACCGAGAAGCUUCAAUAGAGAGAAGCCAAAAUCGAAGGGAUUUUUAAACACACAUACAGAAUCAGUCGAAUUUUCUGAUCCAUCCGACUUACAAGAUCAACAAAGGCCGACAAUAGUAGUUUGUAUAUUCUGCAACAAGUCUGGUCACCGAUUGAAAAAUUGCUACAAGUUCAAAGAUUUGUCCGUCGAAGAAAGGUGGCAACAGGUCCGUUUAUUCAAAGCGUGUUUCUCCUGCCUGGGCAGUCACGGAAGACGUGCUUGUAGAAGUGGAAUAAAAUGCAACAUCGAAGGUUGUGACUCUCGUCAUCAUCCUCUUCUUCAUUCCUACGACAAUCUGCAGAAGAAUACAUUGCAUGUGGCAGAAGUAUACGCACAUCAUACCAUUGAUUCAGCCACGAUCUUUCGAAUCAUCCCAGUAACCUUGCACGGCCCUAGCUGCUCAUUGGAAACGUAUGCCUUUAUAGACGAAGGAUCCGACUUGACGUUAGUCGAACAUGAUCUCGUAGCGCAAUUAGGCCUUAAAGGAAGCCUUCAUCCUCUCUGUCUUCGAUGGACUGCCAAUACGACUCGAGUGGAAAAUAAAUCCAUGAUUGUUAACCUUGAAAUUUCCGGUAUAAGACAAAAAAGACGAUCCACCAUAACGAAUGCCAGAACUGUUCAAAGUCUGAAUCUCCCAGCACAAAACUUUAACGCAGAGCGUGCCGCGGAUCAGAACGAGCAUUUGCGAGGUAUUCCUAUUAAGAGCUAUAGCAACGCAAAACCACAAUUGCUGAUAGGAAUCGACAAUCUACGUUUGGCCGUCCCCUUAAAGGUCCGGGAAAGGGUCGGAUCGGGCGUUAUUGCUGCAAAAACCAGAUUGGGAUGGUGCGUUUAUGGAAAGUCCUCACAAGAAAACAAUGUGUUCCACAGUUUUCAUAUCUGUGAAAGCACAACAGACGAACUUCAUGAACUAGUUAAACUUAGCUUCAAUGUUGACAACAUCAGUACAACACCCACCAUACCUUUAUCUCAGCAAGAUCAACGAGCCAUGUCAAUACUUGAGCAUACCACAAGACGGGUAGGGGAUCACUUUGAGACCGGCCUAUUGUGGAUCGACGACGAGGUUAUUCUUCCAGAUGCCUUUAACAUGGCCCUUAGGAGGCUCGAAUGUCUCGAGCGUAGAAUGAAUCGUAAUCCAAAGCUGAAGGAAAAUUUGCACCGACAGAUUGAAGAGUAUGUUUCAAAAAAGUACGUUCAUAAAGCAACAAACGAUGAACUAGAACAUGCGAAUACUAAACGAACAUGGUACCUUCCGUUGGGGGCUGUUAUAAACCCAAAAAAGCCCGAAAAGGUACGCAUCAUCUGGGAUGCCGCGGCAGAAGUUUCUGGAGUUUCUCUCAAUAAAAAUCUACUUAAGGGACCCGACUUACUUUCAUCACUCCCUGGUAUCCUGUUUCAAUUUCGUCUAUUUCACGUAGCUGUGAGUUCUGAUGUUCAGGAAAUGUUUCAUCAGAUCCAGAUUCGACCGGAAGACCGUAAUGCGCAAAGAUUCCUGUGGCGAUCAGACCCGUCCCACACUCCAGAUGUUUACCUGAUGGAUGUAGCUACAUUCGGGUCGACUUGUUCGCCAGCGUCGGCACAGUUCGUUAAGAACCUAAAUGCAGAACAACAUUCAUCGAAGUAUCCUGAUGCAGCCAAGUCGAUCAUCCAUAGGUAUUAUGUGGAUGACUAUUUCGAGAGUUUUGACGACGUGAACGAGGCGAAAAGGAUUGUUGGAGAUAUCCGAACGAUACAGAAAAAUGCAGGUUUCACUCUUCAUAAUUGGAGGUCCAAUAGCAUCGAUGUACUAAACCACAUACAGGUGCUGCCGAAUUCAACCGAGAAAGAACUCAACUUUGCGAACGGUGCGAAAUUAGAAAGAGUCUUAGGAAUGCUGUGGAAUCCAAGCACGGACGAGUUAGGAUUUUCUACGCACAUGAGUAAUGAUGUACGAGACCUUCUGCAAUCCGGGAACAGGCCAACAAAGAGACAGAUCUUGAGAUGUGUAAUGUCGCUAUUUGACCCGCUAGGUCUGUUGGCCCCUUUCAUAGUUCAUGGGAAAGUAAUAAUUCAAGACCUCUGGCGGUCAGGAAUCAGUUGGGACGAGGAAGUAGGAGAUUUGAUACACUCACGAUGGAACGAGUGGACCAAGAUGAUUGAACACAUUGACACUAUACGGAUUUCUCGCUGCUAUUUUGUGGAAGCCACAAAGUUGACAUAUUCAAACACCGAAUUGCACAUUUUUGUAGAUGCCUCCGAGAUUGCGUACUCUUGCGUAGCUUACAUACGUAUAAUACGUGCUGAUGGAUCUGCUGAUCUCAGCCUAGUUUCAGGAAAAUCAAAGGUAGCACCUCUUAAACCCAUGUCCAUUCCAAGACUGGAGCUUCAGAGCUGUUUCUUAGGAGCACAGCUAUCGAUUUUUAUCAGAAAUAAUCACGACAUCACCUUCUCGAGGACUAUACUUUGGACCGAUUCGCGGACUGCACUUUCAUGGAUACACUCAGACCCUCGUAACUAUCGUCCCUUUGUUGCACAUCGAGUUGGUGAAAUUUUAGAGCGCACAACGCCGGCAAACUGGCGAUGGGUUCCAUCUAAAUCAAACCCGGCGGAUGAAGCCACUAAAUGGGGAAGUGGACCGUACUUUACAAAUAAUUCGAGCUGGUUUACCGGACCAAAUUUCCUUCGGCUGCCCGAAUCUAAUUGGCCAACCUUAGUGGAUCGAAUAAAAAUUACUGAGGAAGAACUGCGAGCUUCUGUCUUCUUACAUGUAGAGCAUCAAUCCAUUAUUGAGUACGACAGAUUUUCACGUUGGGAGCGACUUUACCGGGCAAUAGCCUACGUUUCGCGAUUCCUAAAAUAUUACCCGAAGCACAUUACUAAACUGUCAGACCCCUUGGAACAAUCAGACCUGGUGACCGCAGUUCGGUUGGUAAUUAAACAAGUUCAAUUAGAAACUUUUCCCCGAGAAAUAACAACUUUGAAGCAAAACCCCGAAGGGGCAAUCAACCCAGGCAGCAGCCUUCGAAAGUAUGCACCGUUUCUAGCCGAAGAUGGACUACUUAGAGAGAAUAGUCGCAUCCGAAAUUCCGAAUCAGCAGCAUUUGGGACACGUUUUCCGAUAAUACUACCAACUAAACACCGUGUGACGUUCCUGGUUGUGGAUUGGUAUCAUCGUCGUUAUAAGCAUGCCAACUUUGAAACAGUCGUGAAUGAAGUACGUCAACUCUAUACAAUCCCGGGGCUUCGAUCAUUAGCUAAAAAAGUAAGUCGAGGAUGCCAAAUGUGCAGAUUACGAAACGCCAAACCUGUUCCUCCUCCAAUGGCACCUUUACCGCUGUGUAGACUAGCCGAUCGAGAACGUCCGUUCACCUUCACAGGGCUGGAUUACUUCGGCCCCCUUUUUGUCAUCGUUGGACGCUCCAGAGUCAAAAGGUGGAUAGCACUGUUUACUUGCCUCACUACUAGAGCAAUUCACCUAGAGGUAGUUUACUCUCUAUCUACAGCAUCAUGCAUAUUUGCGGUUCGCAGAUUCGUUGCUCGACGAGGGGCUCCGGCAGAGUUUUAUUCAGACAACGGCACGAACUUCGUGGGUGCGUCGAACAUAUUACGGGAACAAAUACGCAUGGAAAUGAAGAACACCUUUACUAACUGUAACACAAAGUGGCACUUCAACCCACCGGGGGCGCCCCAUAUGGGGGGCGUGUGGGAAAGACUUGUGCGGUCAGUCAAAAUGGCUUUGAAUGACGGGUACAACGAGGGCAAAUUGGAUGACGAAGGGCUUAUGACUCUGAUUGUGGAGGCCGAGGGCAUAGUUAACUCGAGGCCUCUGACAUACCUUCCUCUAGAUUCUGCUGAGUACGAAGCUCUCACUCCCAACCACUUUCUCUUGGGGAGCUCGAAUGGAAUCAAACAACCACCUGUUCCUAUGGGGCAACGUGGGAACUUAAGAGACUCUUGGGAUUUGAUUCAGCAUGAAUUAAACAUCUUCUGGGACCGAUGGAUCAAGGAAUAUCUCCCCGUAAUCCGGCGACAAACGAAAUGGUUCGAGUCUAUCAAGCCAAUCAAGGUUGGAGACCUUGUGAUGGUGGUGGAUAACAAGACCCGCAAUGGCUGGAUCCGAGGUAGAAUCCGAGAAACCAUACCAGCACCCGAUGGGAAUAUCCGUAGUGUUAUUGUUGAUACGGUUAACGGGCCUAUUCGUCGAGCGGUUCACUACCUAGCUGCACUUGAUGUCACGAACGACAGCGUAGUCUCGGGAUCUACCGAGAUACACCCGGGGGAGGAUGUCAGCGCAGCUGGCAGCCCUGCAGUAGGAGCAUUGAAUUGA